AUGGCGGAUACGAUGUCUGGAAUUCUUCCGGACAAGAAUCCCAGACCGGGGCUCGACGUGCUCUCGGAGGAAGAGAUGAAGAAGAAGAAGGCAGGGGGAGGAGGGGGAUCGUUCAAGAAGAAGGUGUCGAACAGGUUCCGGAGCUCGCUGACGAAGAAGGGUCGCCGGAACAGCAGGGUGAUGUCGAUCGCCGACGAGAUCGACGCCGAGGAGCUGAGGGCCGUGGAUGCUUUCCGGCAGGCUUUGAUUCUCGACGAGCUUCUUCCGGCGAGGCACGACGAUCACCACAUGAUGCUUAGGUUUUUGAAGGCGAGGAAGUUCGACAUUGAAAAGGCCAAGCUUAUGUGGGCGGAUAUGAUUAACUGGAGGAAGGAUUUCGGUACUGAUACUAUCAUGGAGGAUUUCGAGUUCAAGGAAGUGGAUGAAGUGAUGCAGUACUAUCCACAAGGGUACCAUGGAGUCGACAAAGAUGGCAGGCCGGUGUACAUCGAGAAGCUAGGGGAAGUCGAUGCUAACAAGCUGGUUCAGGUUACGUCGUUGGAUCGAUAUGUGAAGUACCAUGUUCAGGAGUUCGAGAAGGCGUUUGCUUACAAGUUCCCGGCUUGCUCGAUUGCUGCUAAGAAGCACAUUGAUCAGAGCACCACCAUCAUUGAUGUUCAAGGAGUUGGGCUGAAGCAGUUCACCAAAACUGCCAGGGAGCUCAUCAGCAGGAUUCAGAAGAUCGAUGGUGACAACUACCCUGAGACGCUGAACAGGAUGUUCAUCAUCAAUGGUGGAGCUGGAUUCAGGCUUCUGUGGAACACUGUUAAAUCGUUUCUGGACCCCAAGACUGCUGCCAAGAUCCAUGUUCUUGGGAACAAGUACCAGAGCAAGUUGCUUGAAGUGAUUGAUGCUAGUGAGCUUCCAUCAUUCUUUGGAGGCACCUGCACUUGUGCUGACAAGGGUGGCUGCAUGAGAUCCAGCAAGGGUCCAUGGAAUGAUCCUGACAUCCUCAAGAUGGUUCAAAACGGUGAGGGUAAAUGCAGUAGGAGGACAUUGUCUGGGAUUGAGGAGAAGUUAAUCCCUGAAGACAAGGAGCCCAUCAAGGUCUCAAGCAGCAAUGAAGCAGAGGACCUCAAACCUUACCCAGUUCCUGUUCCUGAGGAUCAUCCCGUCGUCAACAUGAUGAGCAGGAUCACCCCAGACGAGUACGAGAAGUCCAUCCAAGUCAUCGAGAAGACCAUCGAUGCCAAUUGGAAAGCUUCUCCAGGAAAGGUUGAUGUUCUCCCCGAGGAUGGUGCCAUUGUUCCUGCAAACGGGAAGCACAUGAUUGGGGGGGUCAUGGCCGUGGUGAUGGGAGUGGUGUCGUUGAUCCGAAUGACAAAGACAGUGCCAAGGAAGCUGACUGAGGCAGCCAUCUAUGGCAGCAAGACCUACUACUCUGACUCACUCAACGACCCCGCAGCUGGUGCUGCUGGUGCUAGUGCCUUCACUGAAUCCUCCAUCACCACCUCGGACUACAAGAAAAUGAUGAUGAGAAUGGCUGAGGUGGAAGAUAAGCUGAACACUCUCUGCUCAAAGCCCAACGGGAUCCCUCCUGAGAAGGAGGCCAUGCUGAUGAAUGCAAUUAACCGUGCUGAAGCCAUCGAGAAGGAGCUCUGUGCAACUAGGAUGUUGCUAGUGGAAGCCGUGGAGAAGCAGCAGGAACUCCUGGCUUACAUUGAGAAGAAGAACAAGAAGAAGAGGUUCUUCGGGUUCUGA